AUGGACACUAUGAAGAAAUAAGAGAAAAAAGAAUUUUAUAAUGCAUUUAAUGUCUUCUAACACAAUAUCUUAAAGAUAAGAGAAGUAUAUAUGACUAAUGGGGGUAAAGGUUUCCAUCAUCAUGAAUAUGCUGAGAGUAAAUAAAAUUUCCAUAAUGUUCCUUAGAAGGUACUUUGAGGGAAUUCAUUUAUUCAUAAAAGGGAAAGUAAUUACCUGAAAAUUAAAUUUUGGAUUGGAAUACACAAAUAUUUUUAGCUGUUAAACACUUUCAUGAUCAAAAUUUUUUAGCAAGUCAUAAUCUUUUUAUUACAAAAAAUAAUUGUAUCAAAUUAGGUGAUUUUUCUACUGGCAAAGUGCUAUCACAUAGAUAAGAUAAAAUAAAAACCUAAAUUUAACACCUUACUAUCUAUCUCCAGAAAUAAUAUAAAAAAUUCCUUGUUCCAUCUCAGUAUUUUAAACUAUUUAAUUAGGCUGAUAUAUGGUGUUUAGGAAUUAACUUAUAUGAGUUGUGCAUGUUAGAACACACUUUUUAAGCUAAAGAAUUAGAUGUUCAAAAGAGUUUGA